AGCAGCUCACAGCGUUUUGGUUUCUGCGUUCCCAUAUGUUCCCAUGGCGUCCAGCGAGGGAAAGCGUCGCUGGCAAGAGUUACUUCAAGAACUGCAGCAGGAGCUUGAGCGGCAAAGUGCCCGCUUGGAGCACUUGGAGCUGGAGAAAAGGGAUGAAGGCCGUGCAGCUGGAAUCUCAGCGCCGAUGAAGACACGGUCGUUGAGCCUCAAAAAUUGGGGUUCCGAGCAUGCCGGCUUCAGUGCUGGAAGCCGUAUCUCCAAUUCUGCGUCCUUGAGAGUGUCCUCCAGCUUGCGCAGGGCAACCAUGUCUGUAAUUUGGCAGUCACGAUCUGGCACAAUCGGCACCACGUCGAAAUACAAACCAUGGUAUGUUGUCAAUCCUGACACUUUCUUCUAUGGCGUCAUUUGGAAAUAUGUCAUCACCGCUUCGGCCCUCUAUGUGGCCUUGAUCACACCUCUUCAGGCUUGCACUAUGGAGCUGGAGAUGUCGUUCUUCCUGGUUUUCGGCUUUCUGGUGGAUGCGGUGUUUAUCAUUGACCUGGUCUUGCAGUUCUUUGUGCAGAUCACGGUGCACACCAGCGUCGGCCUCAAACGUGUGAACAGCCUCCGCAGGAUCGCCCUCCACUACUUGCAGAGUUGGUUCUUCUGCGACCUGCUGGUAGCAAUACCUUUCGACCUCCUAGGGGUAUUUACUCUGGACAUCGAGGGGCGAACGGUGCGGAUAUUGUGGAUGCUGAAACUCUUUCGCCUGCUAAAGACUUCGAGGUGGUGGCACUUGAUCGAGGUGCCAUAUUCCAUCAAGCAUCAGCAAGAAUGGCUUCUCUUGAGAUUUCUGGGUUUAUUGCUGCUACUUUGCCACUGGUUCGCCUGCCUUUGGUGCCUCUCCCUUCAUGUGGACAACCACGAGGCCUCCUGGAGAGACGCGAUCAACCUUGAGCGGGAGGAAUAUGGAAUGGAGCAACUGACUGGAUACCAGACUUAUGUGCUGGCCUACUACUUUUGCAGUUACACGAUGACUUCGGUGGGUUACGGAGAUAUGGGGCCUCAGAACGGAUUGGAGGUUUUGCUUUGCAUUUGCAUGGUCAUUUGCACAGGAUUCUGUUGGGCAUACGUUCUGGGCCAAAUUUGUGCCAUUGUAGCAGGCAUCAACGAGGAGAGCCAGGCCUUUCGCAUGCGAAUGAACAACCUGAACGUCAUGAUGCAGACCGAAAACCUGCCUGAAUCGCUGCAAAAGCGGCUGCGUACCUUCUUUCUGCAGAACAGGAACCUGGCACAGCAUCAGCAUAAUCUCAACCUACUGAAUAGCAUGAGUCCACAACUGCAGUCGGAGGUUUGCUUCACUUCCAACUUGCCUUGGUUGAGAAAAGUCAGUUUCUUCAACCAAUUCAUCCAGUAUUUCGAAUCCAUCGAGGACCAGGGCCUCCCGGCCGACUCCUACCGUGCCUGCCUGGCCGAAAUGUCGAGGCGCUUGGAAUGCUAUGCCUUCGCCCAAGAUGAAACCUUUGAAACGGAGCAGGUGCUCUGCAUUCUAUCCAAAGGUUUGUGUAUGAUUGAUAGCGUGCUGCAACACAAGGGCGAUGUCUGGGGAGAGGACUUCAUCCUCCUGGACCGUGCCUUGAUUCGCUACAAGCGCUGCCAUGCCCUAACCUACAUUGAAGUGCUGCAUCUGCGUCGCGAGAGCCUCAUGGAGAUCAUCGAAGAAAAGCGGUACAGCUGUCCCAAGCUGGGCGAGAUGGUGCAUGGCUUCCGGCGGCGCCUGGCGGCCAGGCGGGCGAUUCUCUUGGAAGCGAAGAUGCGAAGGAUGAAGCAACCAAGGGAAGAUGGGGAAGUAAAAAAGGAACUGAUAUGAGAAAAGGAUGGGCAUCAUGGGAGUAUAGGAAUGGGGGUCCUAUCAGUCAGGAGGUCCCUAUUAUUCCACUCAUCUUGCCUAUGGUUGCAGCCUGUAGCGGUAGCAGCAUCAGCUCCAAAGUGGGCGUUGCAGUCUCACUCGCAGAACCCGCAGCGAUUUUUCGCCUAUGGCGAAGACGGCGUUCAGAAA